CCGGCGCCGAAACACCGAAAGAUACUCAGACGAAAGAGCCAUGGCGGCCACGGGUGGAGGGAAAAUUAGAAGCAGGAGAUAUCAUAUUGCCUCUAAACCUUACGCCAAGAGUAAACAGCAGUCAGGCCUCAUCAGUCGAGUGACAGACACAGUAAAGAGCAUCGUUCCUUCCUGGCUGCAGAAAUAUUUCAAGAAUGGCGAUGCUCCUGAAGGAGGAGUGGAUAUACAUGGGACAGAGCAAAACUGCAAGCCGCCUCCUCCUCCUCCUAAUGGUAGUGAAGAGGGACCACCUCCCCUCGAUGGACGUGACUCCCCAGAGCCAAGUACUAGUAACACAGAGCCGUCAACAAGCAGAGCCUCCCUGAACUUCCAGGAAUAUGUGCUCUCUCGACCUCCUCUUAGUCGCUCCCAUCUCCACUUCACCCCACUGGAUGCCUCCUCCCCAACUUUGGGGGCUUCCAGCAGCCUCUUCUCACAGCCCUCCACCUCCUCAGCCCCUGGACCCUUUUCCACUGGCUUCUCCUUGGUAAAAGAGAUUAAGGAUAACCUGUCACAGCAUGAAGAUGAUAACAUCUCCACCACAAGUGGAUUCUCCUCCCGUGCAUCUGACAAGGAUGUCCCCACUUCUAAAACGGCAUCACUUCCUCAGCUUUGGUCCCCGGAGACAGACAGAACAAACUCUGGACCUCAACCUUCCCAGUCCAGCCUGAAAAAGCCUGCUUUCAACCUGUCUGUCUUUGGAACAUCAUCCAAUUCCACUUUAAACAGCACGGUGCUGAACUCUAGCCAGCUUGGAGAUUCACCCUUCUACCCCGGGAAGACCACCUAUGGUGGUGCAGCUGCAGUCAGGAGCUUGCGCAGUCGUCCUGGAACACCGUAUCAGGCCCCGGUGAGGAGACAGAUCAAGGCCAAGCCUGCUGGUGCUCAGCCCUGCGGGGUGACCAGCGCCACAGCCAGACGCAUCCUGCAGUCUUUGGAGCGCAUGUCGAGCCCACUUGCUGAUGCCAAGCGAAUCCCUGCAGCAGCCUCAUCCCCCUUACUGUCACCACCAGUGGAUGGUGUAAAUCCAGAUGCGUUACAUCUCCCGUCUAAAAAGAAACGGAUGGACUCUAACCUUCCACCGGUGCAAAAACUUGUGAUUCCUGCUGCUUCUGUGUCAGGAAACCGCUCUGUGUCCUUCAGGCCUACUUUAACCCCCGGAGGAGUGACUCGAGCUGUAGACAGGACUACAAGAGAUACGCACACAAGACAAUCACCACAGCUUCCCGAAGCGACCCCAGGUCCAUCUCAAAGCACAAAGAGUUCUAGUGGCCCAGUUUAUCCUCUGUCCAGCACACCUGCAGUCAGCAGCGUGAGCUCUGGAGGAGGAAAGAUGAAGAGAGAGAAGACCAGUGCUCGGCCCUCCUCCAAACGUCUGGAAGAUGAGGUUGCGGAGGUGCCAGAGCUCCCGGCCAUUUUACUUCCCAUCAGCACAUCUGCAUUACCCACCUUCAGCUUCUCUUCUCCUUUGCCGCCAAUCAACACUUCCACUAGCUCCUCUCCCAAGAUCCCAACUGUUACUCCUGUUAAGGAAACAGUCCCAGAUAAGGAUCCACCAACGGCAUCAACACCACCUUGUGUACUUUUCACAUUUUCCUCCCCUAUUGUCAAAACCACUGCUGCUAGCCCACCUUCCUUUUCCCCCUCUGCUGGAUUUACUUUUAGUGCACCUGUAGCCAAGCUGGGUCCUUCUAUGGUGAAUGGAAAGCUGACCACGCCCAUAGCAGCAGCAGUAAAAGCAGCUGUAAAAAAAAGCACAGAAGACUUUGAAGGACCUUUCAAACCAGCCAAGACCUUGAAGCAGGGCAGCGUCCUCGAUCUUCUCAAAGCCCCUGGUUUCGCCUCUCCAGUCGCUCAGAUAUCCCCAGCUCGCGAUGCUACUCCCCAGCAGACGUCCACACAGUCCACUGCCCCCUCUGCAACCUCCUCCAUUUCUUCAACGGGGUUUGGUGGUUUGUUCAAACCCUCAGCAGACUGGACUUGUGAUGUCUGUUUGGUUCCGAACAAGCAGUCAGACACGAAGUGUGUUUGCUGCGCAGCCCCACAGCCCAAGUCUUCAUCCAAAUCCAUGGACAGUAAACAGUCACCCUCCACCUCUGUUGGGCUGGAGAGCAGCAGCAGCACUAACACCACCUCUACCACUACAACCACAACAGGUUUUGGCACAAUGUUUUCCAAACCUUCCGGCACCUGGGACUGUGAUACCUGUCUUGUUAUAAACAAACCUGAUGCAGUAAAGUGCGUGGCCUGCGAAACGGCCAAACCCGGAACGGGACUCAAACCCUCACUGACUCUUUCUUCGGCCUUCUCGCCGGUUAAGACUGUACCUACUCCUGCAGCCGCAGUUUCUACAGAGUUCACCGGGUUUGGAGACAAAUUUAAAAAACCUGAGGGUGCAUGGGAAUGUGAUACCUGUAUGGUGCAGAACAAAGCAGAGGACACCAAGUGUGUGGCCUGCACGAGUGCUAAACCAGGAGCAUCAGCAGGAGCCUCUUCAUCAAUCAGCAGUGCCCCUGUGUUGGGAUUGGCAGAAAAGUUCAAGAAGCCGGAGGGAGCCUGGGAAUGUGAUGUCUGUCUUGUGCAGAAUAAAGCAUCUGAUGUGCAGUGUGUCGCCUGUCAGGCAGCCAAACCUGGAGCUAAAGUGGAACCCAAGGCCUUUGGUUCUACUUUUGGUUCUACUUUUGGUUCCUCAGCCAGUGGAACCUCAGGAUCUUCUGCCUCUAGUACUGGAGGUUUUAAGUUUGGCACAUCAGACAGUACUUCGGCAUCUGGAGCAGGAGGCUUCAAAUUUGGAGGCUCGCUCACUGAGUCGACCUCUUCUUCUUCAUCAGGUGGAUUCAAAUUUGGAGUGCCGUUUGGAAGCUCCUCAUCAGAAACCACUUCUAAAGACACUACUGCUGCAUCAGGGUUCAAAUUUGGUGGCUCGUCUGAGAGUUUUAAAUUUGGGGCUGCCUCUAGUGAUGAUAAAAAGUCAGACCAGCCUGCUGCAGGUUCUGGGUUUAAGUUUGGAGCUAGCGGUGGGAUAGUGUUUGGAACUGGAUCUUCUAGCACAGAAAGCAACUCUUCUAAGGGAGGCUUCACAAUUGGACUUUCAAAACCCGAAGAGAAAACAUCAGUCACCUCGACAACCUCCUCAUCCUCCAUUACUUUCACGCCUCCCUCCUCUCAAGAAAAUAGUAACAGUAAAACAUCUUCGAGUGACACAGCAUAUACAGACACCGGCUCAGGCAGCAUCUCAGCAGCCACAGCCGGGUCUGUAUUUGGGAGACUGGGGGAGCCGAGUUUGGCCACCAGUGCACCACAAGUAGUCCCUACUUUUGGGUCCUCACAGGCGGCUAAAGAGCCCGCUGCUCCUACAUUUACCUUUGGUAAGCCAGAGGAAAAGAAGGAAGCGGUUACCUCCUCUGCUCCGUCUACCUUCCUCUUUGCUGCUGCAAGUAAGGAUGCAGAUUCUACACAGGCCUUCACUGGUGGCUUUUCCUUCAGCAAGCCCAAUGCUCCAACAGAGCAACCUCCACCUGCUUUCACUUUUGGAAAGUCAACAGACAAGAAUGAAACAUCAUCUUCAGAAGCCCCAAAGCCUACCUUCGCUUUUGGAAAAAGUGCUGCAGAACCUGCUUCUGCUGCUCCAAAACCAGCUUUUUCUUUCCUGGCAAGUAAAUCAACCAACGUCACCAACUCCACCACUUCAUCGUCCUCCACCCCAACUCCCAGUCUGUUUGGUGCUGCCAGCGGCAGCAGCAGCACCUCCACACCGGCCCCAGCUCCCUCUGCAGCUCCAAACACUUUCAUGUUUGGUCAGCCUGCUGCGGCCUCCAGUGACGCUCCUCCAGCUAAAAACUUCAUCUUUGGCCAGAGUCAGGACAGCCAGCCACCUGCCCCGUCAGCUGCUCCUCUCAACUCCACUCCUGCUCCUGCUCCAGCUCAGCCUUUCAUCUUCGGUUCUCCAACCAAUGCUGCUGCUGCUGCUGCUGCUGCUGCUCCUGCUCCUGCUCCUGCUGCCGCUGCUGCUCCCACCUUCAAUUUUGGUGCAGCAGCGCCCUCUGCUGCCUCCUCAUCAGCUCCAUCUGCAGGUCCAACCCCAUUUGUCUUCAGCUCGGCUCCCUCUGCUGGGUUCGGGAACAACCAAACUCCUUCAUUUGGAUCAUCUUUCGGAUCUCCUUUCCCAGCCACACCUUCCCAGACCCCAGCUUUUGGGGCCAAACCCAAUCCUCCCCCGGCCUUUGGACAGCAGAGUAACUCCACCCCUGUAUUUGGGCAAGGUGCUAAUCCCGCACCAGGUGGAGGCUUUCAGUUUGGAGGAACCAGUGCAUUUGGAGCUACAACCAACAACACCUCAGGUGUGUUUACGUUCGGAGCAGGAUCUUCAGCCUCCCCUGCUCCCCCCGCCAACCCCUCUAUCGCUCCCCAAUCAGGUGCACCUGGAGGUGGAUUCAACUUUGGGCAAACUCCGACUUUCAAUAUUGGGUCUACAAAAUCAUUCACUGCUACUUCAGGUGGACAGCCAGCAAUCGCAGGGCGCAAGAUCAAGACAGCGGUGCGGCGCAGAAAGUAGAUUGUCGCGGUCUUGACAAGAACUCAGACGUUACUAUGACUCGACUGAAUCCCCACUAAAGCCUGAAUAAAGUUCUGGAAGGUUUCAACUGGACAAACACUGAAAUUGCUACCAUUCGAUAAAGGGCAGAGACUGGGCGCAUCAUUCUGUGCUCGGGGUUGGUUGGGUGGGCGAGGUUUAUGUCGGGUUUGGGCUCAGCUGAUUAUUCACAGGUUUUCACAUGCAGAUGGGAGCUUUUAAUGUGUGAGACCACCCCACAGGAUUUGACACUUACACAAAAACUGUUGACCGAACAAUGACGCUGACUUAGAGAACAAAAAUCAAGCAAACAUCCCACACACUCGAUAUUAAAAUAAAAAACAAGCAAGACUGUCAUAUCUAUAUUUUCAACACGGGCAGAUGUCUG